AUAAAAGCGUCGAAGAAGAGCGCAAACCGGAAAUGACGGGAGCUCCUUUUCCGAUGAAACUAGAUAAACAAAGACAUUAUUUUACGAAUAAUAAAGCGUUAGACUUGUUUUCACGGUUUUUACGUGUAAACGCGUUUAUCAGAAAUAAAGUGGGGAGAUAAAUAUCGAGGGGCCGAGGUAAAGAAGGACAAACAUCCUCCGUAAACAAGCGGUUAGCUCGACAUGUUUAUUUUAUUGCUUGACCAAAUCCUGAUGAUCAUCAUGGCAUGACACUGGCACGGUGCUAGGAAAAAGACUUUCUUUUUUUAUAUCUAAAGGUUGUGGGAACAGGUGAGGCGGUAAACUCGACAGCGCCAUGGCGUGGGCCCUCAAGCUGCCCCUCACAGAUGAGGUGAUCGAGUCCGGUCUGGCCCAGGACUUCGAUGCCAGCCUCUCCGGCAUUGGCCAGGAGCUGGGAGCAGGAGCCUACAGUAUGAGCGAUGUACUCGCCCUCCCCAUCUUCAAACAGGAGGAGUCCAACUUGCCUCCAGACAACGAAAACAAGAUCCUUCCCUUUCAGUAUGUUCUGUGUGCACCUACCUCGCCAGCCAUUAAACUGCAUGACGAAACACUCACCUACCUCAACCAAGGGCAGUCCUAUGAAAUUCGAAUGCUCGACAAUCGGAAAAUUGGGGAACUUCCUGAAAUCACUGGCAAAAUGGUCAAAAGUAUCAUUCGUGUGGUGUUUCACGACCGCCGGCUUCAGUACACGGAGCACCAGCAGCUGGAGGGCUGGCGAUGGAACAGACCUGGAGAUCGGAUCCUCGACUUGGAUAUCCCCAUGUCAGUGGGCAUAAUCGACCCCAGGGCCAACCCCACUCAGCUCAACACUGUGGAGUUCCUUUGGGACCCCUCAAAGAGAACAUCUGUUUUUAUCCAGGUUCACUGCAUCAGCACAGAGUUCACCAUGCGCAAGCACGGAGGAGAGAAAGGCGUCCCAUUCCGCAUCCAGAUUGACACUUUUAAAGAAAACGAGAGCGAGGAGUACACGGAACAUCUCCACUCGGCCUCCUGUCAGGUCAAAGUCUUCAAGCCCAAAGGUGCAGACAGAAAACAGAAGACGGACCGGGAGAAGAUGGAGAAGAGGGCACCACAGGAAAAGGAAAAGUACCAGCCUUCUUAUGAAACUACAAUUCUGACAGAGUGCUCGCCUUGGCCUGAGGUUACGUAUGUCAACAACUCUCCUUCUCCUGGCUUCAAUAACACGCACAGCAGCUUUCCAGUCGCUGAAGGAAACGGAUCACCAAACCACCAGCCUGAGCCUGUUGUUCCGGUGGUAGAUAACUUGUUACCCACAACGACACCGCAGGACGCUCAGCAGUGGCUUCUCAGAAAUCGCUUCUCGCCUUUCUGUCGUCUCUUCACCAACUUCUCUGGUGCAGACAUGUUGAAGUUGACCAGAGAGGAUGUUAUUCAGAUCUGUGGUCCAGCAGAUGGUAUACGACUCUUCAAUGCACUAAAAGGACGGGUGAUUCGUCCGAGGUUGACCAUCUAUGUUUGCCAGGAGUCUCAGCAGGUCCGGGAGCACCAAUCAAAACAUGAGAAUGGAGAUGCUGCAGCCAAUACUUUUUUUGUGUAUCAUGCUAUUUACCUGGAGGAGCUCACAGCUGUCGAGCUCACAGAGAAACUCGCUCAGCUCUUCAACAUCUCCCCCAGACAGAUCCAUCAGAUCUUUAAACAGGGUCCUACGGGCAUCCAUGUGCUGGUUAGUGACGAGAUGAUCCAUAACUUCCAGGAUGAAGUAUGCUUCGUGUUGGACACGAUGAAAGAUGACACAAGUGAUGGCUAUCAUAUAAUCCUAAAGUGAAAACCCAGCUGAAGAGUAUCCAGUCCUUGUUUUCUUGUUUCCACCCGCUGCAGCCUCCCCCUGUAGAGCUUCAUACUCCUUGCUGGUUUAGGAAUAUGUGGAGACACUCGGUAACCCCCCUGUG